AUGGAUUUUCUUACUCCUGAUAAGAAUGUUUGCAGUUGUGAUUUACGAGCUAAUGUUAAAAACACUUCAACUAUACCUCCAGGAUACGUCCCUCCUCUCAUUCGAGGUCUUAGUUUAGAAGAUUCUGUGAAAUCAACGUCAUGGUCCACUUCAAAGCACAAGCCACAUUCCUUAUAUCUGGGGAUUAAUCAGGGAUAUAAUGACACCAGUUCACUGGAUUCCAUUUUCCCGCAACCAAAUACUUCAAAUCAAAGAGCCACAUCAAACAUAUCGAAGAUAAUAACAAACAAUAAAUCACAUCGAAGUAAAUCUUCAACUGUUCCAAAUGUCAUGAAAAUUGUACGUAAAAGUUAUGAUACACUAGAUGUUGGUAGAAGUCGUUAUGAAAAACAUUUAAAAGUUGAUCCUGAAUUAAUUGCUCAACAAGUCACUUUAAUUGAACUGGAAUACUUUCAAGCAAUCGAAGCAGAUGAAUUUUAUACAUUAAAAUGGAAUAGUAAAGAAAAACUACAAUAUGCUCCAAAUAUUGUUGCUUCUACAAGAUGGUUUAAUCAAAUUAUAUUCUGGGUUCAUAAAGAUAUAUUAAAUGAGAAAAGUUUAUCGAAGCGAACAGAAAUAUUAUCACAUUUUAUACGAAUAGCAAAGAAACUAGUUGAUUUAAAUAAUUUCUCAUCAGGAAUGGCUAUUGUAUCUGCUUUACAUAUGCAAUGUAUUCAUCGAUUAAAUGCUACAUGGUCUAAUUUAUCUUCACGUGAUCGUCAUACAUUUCGAAAAUUGUCAGAUUUGUUUUCUCAAGAAGAAAAUUUUAUUAAUCUUCGUUCAGCUGUAGAUAAUUCACGUCUUCCAUGUAUACCAUAUUUAGGUGUUUAUCUUUCUGAUUUAACUUUUAUUGACGUGGCUGCAUCAUCAUCGUAUAGUCGUCGUGAAAAUAGUACAUGGACUAAUCAAGGUAAACAAGAUCGAAUUAAUAAUAUCUUGCGGAUUAUUGCGAAUUUUCAACAAUCCAACUAUCCUUUUGUUCGAAAUGAAUCCAUAGCCAGUUAUUUAGAAGCACAACGUUACAUAGAAGAACUUCAACGAUUUAUUGAAGAUGCAAAUUAUAAAUUAUCUAUUCAAUUAGAACCUCCACCUACAUCAUCUCCACCAGAUCUAUCAUGUCAAAAUACUGUCCCACCGAAUUAUUCAUUUCUAAGUAAUAAUGAUAAUAUAUUAAAACCUGUGCCAAUUUAUAAUUGUACAACAAACAUUACUUCCAAUUGUGAUACAAUAACAACAACUACUACUACAUUGUCUUCCAUUAAAACUACCACAUUAUCAUUAUCCUGUAAAACUAAAAAUAACAAAACAACGGGAACAAGGCAUACUAACAAAGGUAAUCCAUCUAAUUCAACAGUGAAUCAACUUGAAAAACAAAUCAAAUCCAAUUCAUCAUUAUACGAUUUACUUGAACCACCAAUUAUACCUCCACCACCUCGUGUUAAACAAACAUAUUCUCAAGAAGAUAUUUCAAUACCAUCAAAUAUUCAUUGUUUAACAUCAAACCAUUCUGUGGUGAAUUCAAUUCAACGGCCUCGAAAACGACCAACUCAUCGAAAACUAGGCAGUUGGGGAGGAUUCGGACUGUUAUUCUGUGAUAAUGAUACAACACCGACUAUUGAUAAAACUGAAAAUAAACAAAAUUUAUCUACUUCAACUACUACUACUAACACUGGUAGCAGUAGUCAUCUUUUACCUCGAUCACCACGUUUUAAUAGGAAUAUGAAACUAUCUAUCAAUAAUCUUGAAUCUCCGAAAAAUUCCUUAUCCAAUCAGAACCAUGGAUUCAUCAACAAAUCCUCACCUACAAUACUCAAAAAAUAUAUGAAUACUAAUAAUGAUAAUAAUAUUAAUACCAAUAUCAAAACUUCUAAACAACGCAAUGAUGAUAUCAAUUUGAUGUUUGAUCAUUCAUCGUCUAAUUCUUCAACAUCUUCACCUCACCUUCUUGUAUUCACUGAUUGCUUAAACAAUCCAGAUAAUAAUAAUAAACAAUCCAUAAAAAAAGAGCAAAUGAUUUCUGGCAAUUCAGCACCUAUUUAUUCAUCAUCAUUAUCAUCACCUUCAUCAUCGCAUAAUUCUGUCAUUGAAUUACAAUGUAUUAUGGAAUCAAAAUCAAUUAAUCCACAAAAUCAAUCAUCUAUAUUCCUUCAUGAUAUAUCCAAUGCAAAAACUGCUCCUGUUACACCAUGUCGUAGAAUAAAACAACAUCAACACAACUAUACUACUAAAAUAUCAGAUACAGGAAUAUCAAAUUAUGAACAGAAAAAGUGUACAAAUAUCACUACUACUACUGACAAUGAUAAUAAUAAUAAUAGUACUAGUAAUGAAAAGAAAAUCUCUGUUGCUAAACGAUUACUUCAUAAUUUUCCACUUAGUAGUUCACCUUCAAUACUCCAUCAAUCAUUGUUUAUAUCACCUCAAAAAGAUCAUUCAUUUAAUAUUUGUACUACACCAUUAACAAAUCAUAUCGAUUCAAUUCAUUAUCGUCUUUCACAAACAUUUCCAUUUGUAUUGCCUACAUCAAAAAUAAGAUCAUCAUCGUUACAUUUACCUAAGUUAUCAUCACAUCAACAACAAUCUCAACAUUAUUCUUCUACAAAUCUAUCUCAUUUAGCCUUAGCUGCUCUUGCAGCUGUCCAAGUAACAAUUUCUAAUAAUAAUGAUUAUAAACAUAUUAUAAAUGAUGAGAAUGUUACUUUUGUUCAUCAUCAUCAUCAUUCCCCGGUUUUAAUGUCAACAUCAAAUUUUUCUCAUUCACAAUCCUCUCCAGUAAACUCAUCUUAUUCUAACAUAAAAUUGGAAAAUAAUUUAGAAGUAAUUCGAGAAGGUCCUUUACUAUGUUGUACUACCUCUUUAACAUCAUUUAAACUUGCCAAGUUCCAUAAUUCAUCAUCAAUCAGUAGUAAUACAUCAUCAUCAUCACCACCACCACCACCACAAUUGUCAACUUCAUUUACAGAUCAUUUCAAUAUUUCCACUAUUCCAUUUUGUCAAACUCUUCAUAAUAUGAAUCCAUCAACUCUGGAAUUACAAGUAAAUAACAAUCAAUCACCAAUCAAAAAACAAAAUAAUUUAAAUAUACAAACAGAAAUGGAUUAUAAUCUACAUGAAAUACAUUCACCACCUACUAUUACUGCUAAUCUUUCAUAUUCUUAUUCACAAACUUCUUUAUCUUCCAUGACACUAGAAUCGUCUACUUCGUUAUCGUCCUCUUCUUCUUGUAAUAAUAAUAAUAAUAAUAAUAAUAAUAAUAAUAAUAAUAAUAAUAAUAAUAAUAAUAAUAUCCAUGAUGGUGAACAAUCUACAGACUAUAGAAAUGAACAUUUAUCCCCUCAAUUAAUUUCUACUAAUUGUCAUUGUAAAUAUCUAAGAAAAUCUUUAUUUUCACAUACAUUUUAUAAAAAAUUUAAAAAUUAUUGGGCUGUACUACUUAUUUCAUUAAAUAAUAAUAAUAAUGAAUAUGCUUUUUUAGUUUUAUUUAAAACUCAUACAAAACAAUUGAUUCCAUGGUCGUCUAUUUUAUCUUCACAAUUGAAUAAAACGAAAAUGUAUAAAACUCAACUUUUCAACUCACCGAAUUAUUAUUCAGCUAGUCGAUGUAAAGUAUUACGUAUACAAGAUGCAUGCUUUGAUAAUAAUAAUAAUCACAAUACUCAACCUCCAUUGAAGGGUCAUUGUAUUCAUCAAACUGUAUUAGUUUUAGAAAAUCAUUCAAAUAAAGAAAAAGUGUAUCGAUUAAUGUCUCCAAUUGCUCAAUAUUCAUGUAUACAAUCAAUGACAUGUAAAAAUUCAAAUAAAAGUUCUUCCAAAGUUAUUGAACAUGCUGAUCAAUUUGGUGUUGCAUUGAAUUCUGAUAUUCAGAUUACAAAUAAUACACAUCGUGAUCUACUACCUUCUUGGUCAUGGACUACUAAAGCUAUUCACCGAUUCAGUCAAGUAAUCAAACAAAAAUUUGGCACUAUUUCAAAAAUAAAUCGAAAUAAAUAUGACUUGUCAUCCAACAUAAAAACAACAACUAACAUUCCUCCUCCUACUACAACUACUCCUACCACUCCAUCGAAUGAUUAUUUAUUAAAUAAAUCAUUCCAUUGGCUUCUUCCAUUACUUACUCUUUUUCCAUCUACCUCACAAUAA